CACACUAUACGUCAAUGUCAAAUAUUCGCAAAAGUUUUGUUUUGUUGAAAAAUUUUGCGAAUUUUUAGAUCAACACUCAACAGUAAAAUGCAAAAAGUGUUAAAAAAAUUAUCGAAAUUGAAAUCAUAAUAAUGUGUAUAUACCUAUUUACCUAAAAACUAACGCAAGAAAGGGUUUUAUUACAAUACGUUUUGAGAUUUUUACCGUAACCUGAAAAUAUGUUACGAUUACUAGUUUUGAGGGGCUCGACCAGAAAAAACUCUCAAAUACGGAGGAAAUCAUCGAGUAGCAACAUAAGAAACACCUAUAUAGAGUACUUCGUUGAGAAUCAUGGUCACAAACAUAUAAAAUCAAGCUCAGUUGUACCGCUAUGCGACCCUACAGUACCCUUUGUGAAUGCUGGAAUGAAUCAGUUCAAAGGUGUAUUCCUCGGAGUGGUAGAUGCCCCCUGCCCCAGAGCAGUAAACUCUCAGAAGUGUGUGAGGGUGGGGGGUAAACACAAUGAUUUGGAUCUGGUUGGCAUGGAUGGACAUCAUCACACUUUCUUUGAGAUGCUGGGGAAUUGGUCUUUUGGAGAUUAUUAUAAGAAGGAAGCAUGUCAGAUGGCCUGGGACCUGCUCUUGGGACCAUAUCGGUUAAAGCCAGAUAAUCUGCUGGUGACUUAUUUUGCUGGUGAUGCAGUCAUUGGCCUUGAGGAAGACAAGGAGUGUAGAGAUAUUUGGAAACAGAUUGGAGUGCCCUCAAGUCGCAUCAAAGCCCACGGCGCUAGAGACAACUUCUGGGAAAUGGGCCCCACUGGCCCCUGUGGGCCCUGCACCGAGAUACACUAUGUGCAUCCAGAUGGCUCCCUCACGGAAAUAUGGAACAUUGUAUUCAUACAAUGCAACAGAGAAGCGGACGGCAAGGUGGUAGGGCUCCGCAAGCAACACGUGGACACCGGCAUGGGGCUCGAGCGCAUGGCGGCGCUGCUUCAGGGGGUGCCUUCCAACUACGACACCGACUUGUUCAGACCCAUCCUUGAUGCUAUACAUAAGAACAGUAACGGCGUGUCGGCAUACAGCGGCAACUACAACGCUGACGCAACGUUGGACCAGGCGUACAGGCGACUAGCCGACCACGCGAGGAUGAUCAGCGUUUGCCUCGCCGAUGGAGUGUUUCCUUCCACGAGUCUCAACUUAAAACAAAUAAUGCGCAAGUCUUUCAAAAUAAGCACAGACGUCUUCCAAAAUCCCAACCUACUUUCAAUCCUAUACAACGAAGUGAGGAACACGUUAGGGGAUACCUACCCCGAAUUGGCAUUGAGGGAGAAGGAGGCUAAACUAGUAAUAGACCACGAGAGGGAAGGUUACGCUAAACUGAGGACGAGUCUUAGGAAGAAGUGGAAGGAUUUGGUGCAAUUCUACCCUGAGGUGGCUGAUUUGAAAGACGUCGAAAUUGCCGGCUUUACUUUGGGUUAUAGGGAAUUUAAGGAGACUAUGGCAAAGUUGAAAUCGAAAAUAAUACCCGGCGAUUUAGUAUUUAAGUUGUACGACACGCACGGCUUCCAAGAAGACGUGAUACAGAGGGUGGCCCAUGUUAACAACUUAGAAAUAGACAAACAAGGAUUCUGGAAACAUCUCUCCGAUCAUAGGUCGAGACAUAAAACAGCAUUCAAAGAACGGGCAUCUGAUAGAGGGUCGUUAUUUGACAACGCAAUAGACAAACUAAACAAAAUUGGUAUAUACAAAACUGACGAUAGUCCUAAAUACGAUAUAAGACAAAUAAAAGACCAAAUCACCUGUGAAAACGUAGACACUAAAUUAGUAGCAAUAUUAAACGAAGACUGCGAAUGGAUAGACUUCUCCGAGCCGAGUGAAAACCAACCUUAUUAUCUAACGACUGAAAGCACAAAUUUCUACUGCGAGGAGGGCGGCCAAAUUGCCGAUCGUGGCUUGGCGUAUUUCAGCGAAGACAUCGGCUUCAAAAUAGAAAGCGUUUUCAAAAUACGCGACAUAGUUUUCCAUAAAGGGUACUUCGUUUUGAACAGAAAUAAUGAGAAUAGUUUGUCAGAAACGAGUUUUUAUAUAAACAAAGGUCAGAAUGUGACCUUGGAAGUUGACAAUGAGAGGAGAUUGAAUAUAAUGAGGAAUCAUACCGCUGUGCAUUUGUUGAACGCGGCUGUGAGACAAGUUCUGAGGAACAGUGUGAUAUGUCAAAUAGGGUCGAAGGUCACUGACAAGGGGUUGUCUCUGAGCCUGUCGGUGUAUGGGGAUAAAUUGUCGCAGGAUGUCAUUAUGGAAGUUCAACAUUUAAUAAGAGACUCCAUCAAGGCCAAUGCGCCAAUUGUGUCGCAGGUGCUCAACAGUGCUCAGUUGUCUGCACAACUGUCUAGUGUGCUAAUGGUGCCUGGGGAGACCUACCCUGAGUCGGGCAUCCGUUUGGUCUCCACUGCGCGACCCUUGAUAUCCAGGGAGCUGUGUUGCGGCACGCACGUGCCGGCGACGGGCGCGCUGGGCGAGCUGUGCGUGACGCAGGUGAAGGGCGCGGGCAGCAACUCGCCCACCUUGCACGCGCUCACGGGGGACGCGGCGGCGCAGGCUCGGGAGCUGUUCUGUCGCGCACACAAGUUGGCGGAAGUCAUAGACCUAGCGGAGCCAGCACGGGUGAAGGAGGAGGUCUCAGCCAUAAAGCGCGAACUGUCCGAGCUGACGGGCGCGGGCGGCGCGCCGUGCGGCGAGUACGCCGACUGCCUGGCGCUGCUUGUGAACCUGACCAAGCGGGCCAGUACCAACAACAACGACGUGGCUCUGCAAGCAAUGGCGCAAGCGGAGAUAGUGGAAGCGUGCGAGGAAGCGCAGCGCAGCGGGCGGCGCUUCGCCGUGCACUUCCUGCGCUGCUCCUACCUCAUGCACAGCGACGGUGUGCGCGCCGCUGUCGCUGCCGCCCGCCCGCUGCCCGCGCUGCUGCUCGGCUGCGCGGGCGGCACCGUCGUAGCUGCUGCCCGAGUCCCGCAGAAAAUGGUGACACCGAGUUUCACGGCAGAGAAGUGGUUGUCAUGCUUGCUGCCCAUCUUCAAAGCUAGCCUGCUGCCAUACGACAGCGGACGCAGCGCGAUUACACACGCAGAGAUGAGUGACACCAAGGUAAGCCUCAUCAACUGCGAACAACUAGUUCAGGACGCAAUGCGUGUAGCAAUCAAAUACGCGCAGGCACAUUACAGGCAUACGGAAGACGACGCAGAGACACGAGGCAAGGACAGGCACAAACACCAAGAACGGGCGUAGACUUAGCUAGACAUCAACUAGUAAUGAUGAUCUCUUCAUACUAGUUUAUGUAGCAGAAAUAAAAAAAAUAUAUAUUUCUUAAAUGUGAAUACGCAAAUUAAUGCAAUGAAUAAAACAAUUUAUAUGUAUGUUUUGUAAAAGUCAAUUAGGGUGUUUUAUGUAGUUUUUGUAUUUAAUUGUCUAGUAAUAACAAUGGGAGUGUGUAAGUUAUUAGUUAAAAGAAAAAGAACUGAUUUAUAACAAAUGAAAUUGUAAGAGUUGUCUUUCUAUGAACUGUGUAACUUUUAAAGCCACAACAAUAACUGACUUGUAUCAGUGUGUUUAAUGAUGUCCUAUGUUUUCUGAUAGUUAAACAUAAUAUUUUAAUUAGGCAUCAGAAAUUAUAAAUGAAAAUUUUUUAUUGUUAGUAAAAUAAUGUUUGAAUAAAAUUCAGUGGCCAUUUUUUAUAUUCAAUUUAAUUGUUUGUAAAUGUUGUAUUUCUACUUCUAUAAAUUAAAUAGUUUUUAAUAAAAGUUGUAUGGUGCUUGUACAUAGUUGAAUAAUGAGGGUAUUAUUUGGUGAAGAUUCGAGUUGUGUUCAAUUUUUAUUUGUGAGCUCUUUGUAAUUUCUAUAAUUAGUGCCUUGUUUGUUUUGCCAAUUGUAAUUUAAUAAAAUACAUUCUGUAUUUAAAUACAUUAUAAUGUAGGUAAACCUUUUGGGCUUAUGGAUGUGUUGAUUGUAAAUUAUUUUUCUAGUCUGAUAUGUUAAAUUAAAUAAAACAAUUUAAGUUUUUUACAAAA